GUGUGUCUGGCAAAAUAAAGGCAGGAAAUGACAGCUGUAUUUUUUUUUUUUUUGAAAACUGUAAACUAUUAUCCUCCAGCAGGCAUAUGAAGCUUCUGGCUUUCCGCUGUUGUCCAAGUCACCAUGGCGUUUUGGGCAAUGUUAAGCCGCCUAGCCAGGGGUGUUUUUCUUAAAUAUGAAACGCUAAUACUGAUAGCGCUUUUAGUUUUUGUCUACCGGUAUAUCCUGAACGGCGACCACGUACGUAUGGUUAUUGAUCGGGCAAAACGCUUUUCUACCGUGCAAAGGGGUUUCGAUCGUCUUCCGGCUACUCACCACGGGCCUAGCCCAAACAUCUCUUACUUAGAAAAACUCGUAUUUGGAUCAGAUAGACAGACAAUUCAGUGGGAGUUAAAAGAAGAUAAUAUUGGUAUUUAUUCAAUCCAAGGGCGCAGACCACACAUGGAAGAUCGUUAUGAUUAUGCAGAUGAUUCUGGGAAAUCUGGUGUGAUGUUUUAUGGAGUCUACGAUGGUCAUGGAGGAACGUUUGCCUCAGAAUUUGCUGAAAAACUCCUGUCUCAAACGGUAUUAGCAAGAUUAAAUCGGUCAAAGUACAGCCACGCUACUGUCAACUAUUCACAAGUUCUGAUCGAAGAAAUUUUAUCGUUAGAUGAAAAGUUAUUAACAGUUGCAAAGUCUAACAAGGAUGUAGCAGGUUCAACAGCUAUUGUAGCAAUCCUAUCUGAGGGAGAGUUGACCGUCGCUAAUGUGGGAGAUUCACGUGGGGUUAUAUGUGAUGAACAUGGUAGUGCAAUACCUAUGUCAUAUGACCACAAGCCGCAGUUGCUGCAGGAACGUAGGCGGAUCAAAAAAGCUGGCGGUUUCAUAUCGUUCAAUGGCGUGUGGCGUGUUGUUGGAAUUCUCGCUACAUCCAGAGCUCUUGGCGAUUUCCCGCUGAAGGAACACAAGUACAUUGUUGCUGAUCCUGAUAUCCAGACUUUCAAUUUAAACUCUGUUAAACCACAGUUCAUGAUUCUCGCCACUGAUGGAUUGUGGGAUAUGUUUACAAAUGAGGAAGCAGUGCAAUUUGUUAAGGACCGACUGGAUGAGCCUCAUCUAGGUGCAAAGAGUCUGGUCUUACAAGCCUAUUAUCGUGGUUCUUUUGAUAAUAUAACUGUCAUGGUGGUAAGGCUUGGUGAAAAGAAUGGAGUUAAAGUAAAGAAUCAGUGAGCACUGUAUUAAUUGUAAUACAUUUGACCAAUUGGGAGAAAUGAUUAUAUCAUGUGUACCAUUUAACAGGGUCAUCGAAGGGAGAUGUUUGGAUAUAAUUUAAUAUUCAAAGUUAAGUUUUUUUUUUUAUGUCGAAUCAACCAAUUAUGUAGAAGGUACAGUAUUAGUUAAGAAGAUAUUAAUGUCAGAUUUAUAUGGACCAAAAGCUAUAUCUUUGCAAUUGUUGUUUGUUUAUAAACCAGUGAAUCUAUUUUAUGUGCUUUAGUAGGCCUGUUUUGGACCAGAAAUCAAGCCUAGUUCUGCGUUGUUAUGUGCUUAAUUUAACAAGUUAAUUUUAAAUAAUUAAAAUCACCUCUUAUUGCUUCAAAUGCAAAUGCAAGUAUCCCAAUGCAAGCUCUUCUGUGAGUGUUCCACCAUUGUCUUCCCCCAUACAAAAAGAUAAGCAGCUGUCUGCGCAAAGGUAAAACAUGUUUGAUAGCAGUGUGAUUGGUUAAAAGUUGAGAAUACAAACAUUUUCUCACACUGUAGUUGGCUCGACCCAACUUUUGACAUUUGCAUUGACAGUACACACUUUUGGAGAAAGUAAAUGUGUAGGAUCCGCAGUGAUAUCACUUACAGCUUGAGUAUUCUGGGGAAAGCCAGGAAAUUUUGGUAGUACAGUAUGACCAGCAGUGAGAUCAUAUUGAGAAAAUUACUAAAAAUAGGUCAGACUCAAGAGUCAUUAAUAUAAAUGAAAUUUUGGGGCUCAAAUUUGAUACUACUAUAUUUUAUCAAUACGUUUUGAGCCAAUUCUCUAAAAAGUGUUCUUUGUGCAGAUUUUUGUGCUUCCAUCCUAAAUAUUUGUGUAGGUUUCCAUGCUUAAAAUUAAUCCUCACAUCUCUUGAUCCACUUAAUAUCAAAAAUUGUAUUUUUUAAAGACUAAAUUAAAGCUUUAAUGUGAUCUAUUCAGAUAUACUAUAAACUCAUUUCAUUUUUCCCAAUUGUGCAAUUCAUUUCGUGGUGAGACCUUACCAAAUCCGAAAUAAAGGUACCAGUAUAGAUAAAUUAUUAAAUUAGUAUAAAGAUGGAUUGAUUGUUAAAUGAAUAACUGCAUAAAAUAUAUAAAUAAAUAAAUAACUACAUACGUCUUCAAAGAAAUUAAUCAUUUUGUUGAUACCUAUUUUACUAUUUUCAAGUACAAUUGCCACAUUAUAGAGAAGGAUGUAAUUUUUUUUUGAGGUUUUUUUUCUUUUUGCUGUUUUUUAUGUAUUUUUUUUUGUUUUUUUUGCUAUGUACAUUAUGGUUCAUAAUGCUGUAAGUGCUUAUUUUAAAGACUUAGUGCUUAUUAUGUAUUCAUAUCAAGUAUUAAUUAUUAUUACUAUUAAUAUUAUUAUAUAUUAUUAGUGUAUUAUUAUUAUUACUAUCUACUAUAAUAUUUUUAUUUAUCUUCUAGAGUUGUUUUAAGGAUAAUUAGUGCCUUUACAAGUUUAGCUUAUACUGUUAUAAUAUCCAUUCAAAAGAGGGUCUUCUAAUUUGCUCUAUAUUUUAUAUUAUUCUCAUAGUUAGCUUGUUAUUUUUGUAUGUGUUGUCAUAUUCGAUACAACUGUGGAAGCUUUUUCAUUAGUGAUUGUAGAAGAUGAAGAUUGAUUAUACCUGAGAAAUGCCACCAUACAUGACGUUCGUCAAAAUGAAAUGUGUUUCACAGCAUUGCAAUAUACAGUACUUAAAUGAUUAUUUUGCAUUGGGAGAAUAAUUCAACAUCAAGUGAAAUGAUGUUAAAGAUAUACUGUCUAUAGUAAAAUUAGGAAAUAAAAUAGUACAAAAUUAAUUUAAAACAUUCAAUUCUCAUUGAAAAUAAGUAAAUUUAAAGUUACCAACUUUUAAAUGAGUAACAGACUAAAUGAUUGAUUUUUUGCUGCAGAAGUCCUUUACAAAUAAUGUUAACCAAUGAUCUAUGCAAAAUAUAGUAAUGGUUCUGAUAACUGAAGAGAAAAACAUUCAUUCAUUCUUAAUUUUCAAUUGCAAAUUUCACUUAAAUAUUUACAAAAUAAUUUUUUUUAUAGCCCAACACAAACAGUAUGUCUUUUAAAGUUCUGGAAAAAUGUCUUCUUUCAUGAUCAUUUCUGUAUUUUUUUCAGUCAUUAUAUAAGAUUUUGUUUUCCUUAUUUUACCUCAUUUUUCAAGUCAAAAGUGCAAUCAAAUUCUAGACACUUCUUGCUUGGCUAUUAAUAGUGCAUUUUAGUUUAAGUAAAGCCUAAACCUCCCAAAAAGUGCCAUCUUGCACAAAUUCAUUAUACUGUACUUGAGUGGUGUAUUUUCUCCUGGAUGUGAGCUUGUGAUGAGUAUAAGUUAAAGUUGCCUAAGUCAAUUUUGCCUAACUCGCAUAAUUUCUAAGUCAAACUUAUUUUACAUGCCAAAUUGUUAAUUGUGUUUUCCAUUAAUAAACAAUCGGUAAGUCAAAUUUUAUCCAAGUCGAACAAUUUAUCAAUGGCAUUUUGGAUCGACUUAGGCAAGUUCAACUUUCACCAUGUGCAGCAAAAUAAAGUUAGAUGUGUUAGCUCACAAAAACGAGAUUUCACAAUCUUCCUACUUGGAACCCCUGGAAUACUCCUAUUAGCAUGUACUUUUACAGUGCAUUAAAAUUGAAGCAUUGUGGCCAGUAGUUUUUUUAAUGAGUGAUAUCAUUUUUAAGUACUGUACAGUACAUGCAAGCAAUGCUGAUCCUAUUUGGUAUGUUGGACCCUUAACUACAGUAGGUUGGCCAAUUGAUUUGAUUGGAGUAUGCAAGAGUUGUAUUAAACUGCAUAGUCAAUUGUAUAACAUUUGUGGCAAAGACAAGCCAAACCAGUCACUCGUCACAAAUUAUGUUUCAGAGAUAGUGGCCAAAACAUUGCACUAAACUAACCUUUAUAUAUCUACUGUAUAUAUCAUGCUAUGCUGUUAUUUUCCCCAUUUUCAAUGUUAAAAUAGCAAUUUUUAAUGAUUUGGUGAUAGUUUCUGCCCGAAAUUAUAAACUAUGAAGGCUGAUUUCUUUGUAUUGUUUUUUUAAACAACUGUAUGUUUAAACUCCCGUAAUUUCAUAACAAAAUGUCAGAUUUAAAUAUGAUUCUUUUACCUUUUACAUCUCUCAUUUUACUGUUUAACCCUGUAUUAAUUAAUAACUAAAAAUCUAUUUUUUCAAUGUGUGACUGGUUUGGCUUGUCUUUGCCACAUUUGUCUUUCUAAUGUACUGGAAAAUUUCAAGCUUUUUGGACUGAUGCUAAUACAAAUAUUAUAUCUACUGUAAAAUAUUUAAAAAAAAAAAAAAAAAAAAAACUUCAGGCUUGGACAACAUUUUUUAGACCAAAUGUCAGGGUGUUUGAGGAUGAUGCACAUGGCCUUUUAAUUGUGGUCCAUCUCCACUUCAGUAAUGUGCUUAGAAUUGGCAAACUACAGAAUCUUGCAUUCUUUUGUGUUGAAAAGAAAUUUUUUAGGAAAAGAAAAGGAAAAAUUGUACUAGAAUGCAUGUAUUUGAAAAAAAAUAAUAACCAAAAUCUGUACCUUGCAAGUAAUCAAGCUUCAUGUAUUUUCUGGUUUAUUUAUUAGGAAUAAUGCAUAAAUGGCCUUCCAUACUUAAUCCUUGACAGUUGUUAUAUGUAUGCUUAUGAGGUAGUAUGAUAUUUGUAAUAAAUAAUAUAUGCAUUUGUAAA